UUCUAACGGCGGAAAUCCGUUCAAAACUUGAAGUAAACAAUUGUGGGCUCCACUUCCUGAACCAUUUAAAUUGCCCAAUGCUUAAACGGCCCAAAAAUUCUCAGGAAAGUUAAUUAUUUUCAACCAAUUUCCGGAAAUUUUACACGUAUUUGAGUUGAUCGUGAGAGAUGAAGGCGGAGAAGUGGAUUUGACUAGCGUUGUUUGAUAGUUUCAGUUUUGGCUCGGACUUUCACUUUUUUUCCUCACUCAGGGAGAAAGAUUGUGAUCUUCUUGGGCUACAAUGUCGAUUGCCAGCGUAGCUCUCUGUCCUGUUUAUGAAGACUACUGGAACUUCCCAGGCCGUGUCUCGGGGCAGCGUGGCCUGUGGUCGACUGACUCGAUCUUGAUCUACCUUACAGUUGGUGGUUCGGUGAUUCCUAUGAGGGUUCUUGAAUCAGAUUCAAUUGCUUCUGUCAAACUCAGAAUCCAAGGUUGUAGAGGGUUCUCUGCAAAGCAGCAGAAGCUCGUUUACGAUGGGAAAGAACUGGCAAGGAACAACUCUCAGAUGCGGGACUAUGGUGUUUCUGAUGGGAAUGUGUUACACCUGGUUGUCCGCCUCUCUGAUCUCCAAGCCAUCACAGUUAGGACAGUUUGUGGCAAGGAAAUCGAGUUUCGUGUUCAAAGAAAAAGGAAUGUGGGGUAUGUGAAACAGCAGAUUGCUGAGAGGGGUGAUGGUAUUUUUGAUCUCAAAGAUCAAGAAUUGCUCUGUGAUGGUGAGGAGCUUGAAGAUCAGAGGAUCAUAGACGAUUUAUGUAGGAGCAAUGAUGCUGUGAUUCAUUUACUGGUUCGUAAGUCUGCAAAGCUCAGGGCUGUGCCUGUUGAAAAAGAUUUUGAGGUCUCAAUAGUAGCAUCAGAUGUAGAAGAGAAGGUAGGUGAUAAAGUGAAUAGGUGGAGAAGGAGAAGUCAAACUGAGAAGCUUCCAAUAGUUGCUGUCAAUCCCUCGCCACGAGAGGUUCCAAUAGAACCACUGAUUGUCAACCCUAAGAUCGUCUUGUCACCUGUGAUUGAACAACUAAUUGAUGAGACUCUUAAUGGGCUAGAAAAGGGUAAUCAACCUAUUAGAUCUUCCGAGGGAUCAGGGGGGGCUUAUUUCAUGCAAGAUUUAUCUGGUCAGAAAUAUGUUUCUGUUUUUAAGCCAGUUGAUGAGGAGCCCAUGGCUGUGAAUAAUCCUCGAGGCUUACCCUUGUCCCCUAACGGUGAAGGUUUGAAGGAAGGUACACGAGUAGGGGAAGGGGCGUUCAGGGAAGUUGCAGCAUAUAUUCUGGACCAUCCAAUAGGAGGUCCACGCUCAACUUGUAGUGAUGAGAAAGGCUUUGCUGGCGUCCCGCCUACGGUCAUGGUGAAGUGUCAGCAUAGCACAUUCCACUACUCAGAAGGUUUUGACCGUGCAUCGAGUAAGUUUGGCUCACUUCAGAUGUUCAUGAAGAACUGCGGUAGCUGUGAGGACAUGGGCCCUCAUGCUUUCCCUGUGGAGGAAGUUCACAAGAUAUGUAUACUCGACAUCAGGUUGGCAAAUGCAGACAGACAUGCUGGCAACAUUCUGAUUCAGAAAGAUGCUGAGGAUCAAAUUGUUCUUAUCCCGAUUGAUCAUGGUUACUGCAUGCCCGAGAAUUUCAAAGAUUGCACAUUUGAGUGGCUCUACUGGCCUCAAGCUCGGGAACCUUUCACCCCCGAUGAGAUUUCAUACAUAAACUCCUUAGAUGCUGACAAAGACAUUGAAGUUCUGAACUUCUACGGAUGGAACGUACCAGAAAACUGUGCACGCGUCUUCCGCAUCUCCACCAUGCUUCUUAAAAAAGGUGCAGAGAGAGGGCUGACUCCCUUUGCCAUCGGAAGCAUCAUGUGCAGGGAGACAGUUAAGGAAGAGUCUGUCAUCGAGAAGAUAGUUGAGGAAUCCGAAGAAUCUGUGCUGCCUGGAACAAGCGAAUCAGCAUUCCUCGAGUCUAUCUCAGUGAUCGUGGACCGUUACCUUGACGGCCUCUCCCCCUAAUCGCAACGUGCAGUUACAUAGAAACUGUUGCUGUGAAUAUGAUAUGGUUGAUGGAUGGCCUUUGUAAACUUACAAGUGCAGUGUUGUCAUCACCUUUUAUCGUUACAACACGAGUCGCUGGUCGUCAGUCAGUCGUCACUCCACCCCCGUGGAAUGGAGAAACAGUGUAAUGACUUUUAUCAAGAGUAUGAACAUAUCAGUGUGUCAUAACAUACGUAUAGUAAUGACCUGCUUUUAUCUGAGUGAGUUGAGUGUAUGUGAACUUGCAGCUUAUAAGGUUGUCUACAUAUGAUGAUGGAAUGUUUUUAAUGAUAGGGAGUGUAUUUCUUUUUAGAAUAAGAUGAAAAUCAAAUUGUUUA